UAUAUUUGUCGUAGUUAAGGGUUGGAGGAUUUGGGGGAAAGUGUUCGAUGUGUUUGUAUGAUAAUCAGUGUAUGAUGAUUUACUUUCCGGACGAGGUGCUGGAGCUCAUAUUCGAUUUCCUGACGUCGCAUAAAGACCGGAAUGCGGUUUCCAUGGUGUGCCGGUCUUGGUACAUGCUAGAGAAGUUUAGCAGGGAGAAAGUGUUCGUAGGGAAUUGCUAUGCUAUCAGUCCGGAGAGGGUGAUAUCCAGGUUUUCUAGGAUGAGGUCUCUAACCCUAAAGGGAAAGCCCCACUUUGCUGACUUUGGUUUGGUUCCUCAUGAGUGGGGUGGCUAUGUUUACCCAUGGAUUGAGGCUCUCUCGGAUGCAUCUGUGAAUCUGGAAGAGCUUCGGUUGAAGAGAAUGGUGGUUUCUGAUGAUGCCCUUGACUUCCUUUCCAGAUCUUUCCCCAAUUUUAAGUCUUUGGUCCUUGUUAGCUGUGAAGGUUUCACUACAGAUGGUCUUGCUGCCAUUGCCUCCAAUUGCAGGCAUCUGAGAGAAUUGGACUUGCAGGAAAACGAUGUUGAAGAUCAUAGAGGGCAGUGGCUUAGUUGUUUCCCAGAGAGCUGUACAUCACUUGUCUCUUUAAACUUUGCAUGCUUAAAAGGGGAAGUUAAUCUGGCAGCACUUGAGAGACUAGUGGGUAGGUGUAAGAACCUCAGAAGUCUAAGGGUAAACCGUGCGGUGCCUCUUGAUGCUCUUCAGAGGAUUCUAUUACAGUCUCCUCAGUUGACAGACUUAGGGACUGGGUCUUUUGUUUGUGACCCGAACACAGAGGUGUACAAGAAACUGAAAAUUGCUUUGAAGCGCUCCUCAAUAAGGAGUUUGUCUGGUUUUUUGGAGGUUUCUUCUUUCUGCUUACCUUCUGUUUACCCUAUGUGUGCAAAUUUGACAUCUUUGAACUUGAGCUAUGCUCCAGGAAUUUACUGUAUUGAACUUAUGAAGCUGCUUCAACAUUGUAGGAAACUGCAGCGAUUAUGGGUUCUGGACACCAUUGGAGACAGAGGACUUGCCGUUGUAGCAUCAAAUUGCAAAGAGCUACAAGAAUUGAGGGUAUUCCCAUCCCAGGAAUUCCAGGUGGGCUACAACAGUGUAACAGAGGAAGGUUUGGUUGCGAUAUCUGCUGGCUGUCCCAAACUCAGCUCUUUGCUCUACUUCUGCUGGCAGAUGACAAACGCGGCAUUGGUAGCGGUUGCCAAGAACUGCCCAAACUUCACCCGCUUCAGGCUAUGCACCCUGAACCCGAUGGUACCCGACGCGGUGACGAAGAAGCCUUUCGACGAAGGUUUUGGGGCGAUUGUAAAGUCCUGCAGAGGGCUUAAGCGGUUAUCGGUCUCCGGGCUUCUCACCGAUCUGGUUUUCCUGUACAUAGGGAUGUAUGCGGAGCAGCUGGAAAUGCUGUCUGUUGCCUUUGCAGGUAAGAGUGACAAGGGGAUGCUGUAUGUUCUGAACGGAUGCAAGAAGCUGAAGAAGCUUGAGAUCAGGGACUGCCCGUUUGGUGACAAUGCACUUCUGACAGACAUGGGGAAGUAUGAAACAAUGCGAUCACUCUGGAUGUCGUCCUGUGAGGUAACCCUUGGGGCUUGCAAGGUUCUGGCCAAGAAGAUGCCAAGACUGAAUGUGGAAAUCAUCAAUGGGGCUGAGGAUGAGAUGGCAGAGGGUGAUGAUGAUGGGGGAAAGAGAGUAGAUAAGAUGUAUUUGUAUCGGACGUUGGCUGGGCCGAGGAAAGACGCACCAGGGUUUGUGUGGACAAUGUAGUUGUAGUUUUAGAAGAUGAGCACCUUUGUCUUCUUUGCCAUUUGGCCUUUGUAGUUUUAGAUGAAGAGUGUUCUUUGAGCCAAAUAUAUCUUGGUCAUGAGGCAGUCUUCAAUCCAAUUUAUAAUAAAAAUAUAUUAUUGGUGUUGCUAAUGUGUAUCUUUCCCCAAAUAGUAAAAACCCGUGCUCAUCACUUCAACCUUGGAAAAACAUUGCUGUCGGGAUGAGGUUGUGGUGCUUGUUUAGUUGGGGGAGUGUCCUAUUUCCAACUAUGUGGAUACUUUUUGAAUUUACUCUUUCACAGUUGAAAGAGGUAGUCUGUUUUGACGGGGUUGUUGUGGGUAUGGGACACCAAUAGUGGUAGGUCAACCGGUUUGUGGUUUCUGGUAAAACUGGAACUGCUGAUUUAUGAAUUGGAAACUGCAUUAUCUCU